AUGUCAUUUGAAGAUUUUACUGCAACAUGUUCACGUACAUUUGCUCAAACACCUAUACGUCUUGUACGUAUGUCAUCAACAUUAACAACAUUUGCUGGUUGUCUUGAUCCACCAUAUCGUCAUAUUGUUUUAUUAUGUCAACCACAUUUUACAGAUAAUUCAAUAUCACUUGCAAUUUAUUUAAAUGGUACAGCUUAUUUUGAACAUUUAAAUGAAGAAAAAAUUCGUCAACGUUUACAAUUAUUAAAUAAUCCACGUAAAAAAUCAUUUCAUCGUAAUGAUUUACAACCUGUAUUAACACGUUUAUUAUCAAUGUUAAAACUUGAUUCAAUUAAAUCAGAUAAUCCAAAUAAUGAAUUAUAUGCUAAACUUUUAUCAUCAAGAUUAUUAUCAAUUGAAAUAUAUCAAGAUGAUUUAAAAUUUAAAUUUCGUUGUGAAGAACGUUCAGAAUUAUUUGAACAACAUUAUGUUAGACAAUUAUUAAUACAAAUUAAAGAAUUAUCACAACGACAAACUUAUCUAUGUGAAUUAUUAGAACAUAAGGAUGAAUUACCACAAUUUGAUUCGAAACUUUUUCUUAAUACACCCAUGACACUUAUUGAUGAUCCAGAAGAAGAAAAUGAAGAUGAUGAAAUUUUAUCAUCAUCAACAAUUGGUCGUUUAUGGAAAGCAGCAUUUGGUCGUCGUGGUGGUCAAAAAUUUCUUGAUAUAUGUUUACUUAAAAAAGCUUAUAUGAAAGCAUUAGAAGAUUUAGGUAAUGAGGAACAACAUGAUGAUACAGUUUCAUCUGUUUUAAAUACAAUUGUUGAUCAAACUGCUGCUGAUGAUGAAGAACAAAAUGAUGAUGUUGGUUUAGCAGCUCGAAUUGCAAAACGUUCAAUAAUAUCAGAAGCUAAUAUGGAAAAUGAUCCGCAUGAAAUGAAACGUGUACGAAACAAUUCAUCAGCUGCUACAGCUUCGGUUUAA